CAGAUAUGGUCAAAGUGAUUCAUGUUUUAAUUAAUAAUAUCAAAACAAAUCUUUGUUAUUUACAUCGUGCUUAUUUGUAAUAUUAUUGUUAUGGCCGAUUAUUGUCAAGUGUCUUUUGGUUGGAAGACUGAAAGGGAUUUUCACCACGUAAUCGAUUACUGCGUUGAACAACCAGGAGAAACUGACAGGAAUUCUGAAUCCAAUGUAAAUGCUCUUUUGCUCCCGGGAAGACUUGACUUGUUCAGUGAAUCAAGUGAUGGCGAACAUUCCAGCGUGUGUACAUUAAAACUGAAAUGCAAGCCUAUGUACAAAGUGGCUAUCAAAGGACUAGACAUUGUGAGUGAGGCAAGAACACUGGAAAUCUAUGAUGAUAUUGAUGGCUACUUACAAAGUGUGAAAGGUGUACCAAUACCUGGGUGUGAGGAAGACCAAAUGUUUUACAUUACUUCAUUUGAAAUAAAAGAUUCAACAACCGGCAUUGAAAUAAAGUUUUUGUCUCUGGGUGAAAGGUUAUCAUUUCAAAUCCGUCAGAUCCGGAUAACCCUGGUGCAGCAGGAGACCCGUCCUGACAGAAGCAAACUGGACAUGGUGAGACUGAAGAAUCACAUAGCCGGGCUGGGAUCACAGGUGUCGGACAGAGCCAAGUCACUCUUCGAAACUAUGGAGCAGUACCAGAAGAACCAACAAGGUGUUCUUGGUGGUGUUCAGAAUUUACUGUCUAUGACCUCCAUGUGUUCAGACAAAGAAUCCACCAUGUCGGGUUUAGCAGGUCUCCUCAGCACCUUCUCCCACCUCAAACAGCAGCAAAAGAACCCUCUGGUUGAUCUGGCGUCGAACGGCACGUCCAAGGAGGAGGAUGAGUGUAAUGAGAAGAGCGACCCCAGCAAACUGGCCGACAACAUGUUGUCUGGCAUGAUGUCAGGGGCAGACAGCGGGGACACGGUUAACAGUGACGAUAUGUACAAGUUCCUGCAGUCUGUGUGUGGAAGAGUGACAAAAAUGAGAGAGAAAACAGAAUUGGAGAACAAAGAGCAGGACGAUUUAACAAACACCGAGGUGUUACAAGGGGGGACAAUUUCUACUACCAUAGUAGACCCAGCUGUGAUGACAGAACUGGUAAAUCAGCUAAAGGUGGCUGAAGAGAGGAUUGUCAGAAGAGUUGAAAGACGGAUGACACAAAUGGAAGACAGAAUUAACAGAAAACUUGACAGAAUAUUGCAGGCACUGCAGAUAGCAGACAGUGAUAACUCUGGUGUGCAAUAUACUACCUCUAGCAAUAUUGAUGAUAAUAUUCAGUUAGACUGAUAUUAACCCUUUGGUAGCUCAAUGGUGCAUGUGGCACACUGUCAAUUUAAUUACGUUGUGGACAUGAUGGAGUGCUGCAUGCUGCUAUUAGUUUGACGUCACAAAAAGCCUCAGUCCAUGACGUCAUUCCAGCACAGAUAUGAAAAGGUUUAUUGUGUGCAAGGUUAAGCGACAACUAAACAUUGGUUGGGAGUCAUUAUUACAGUUAUUUAUUAUUUUGUACAGAAACAGCCACAUGUAGAAAGCUACUGGAUGUGCAGACAACAAAUUCCACACCAUUAUUAAUCGUUGAGGAAUAUUUAAUACAGUUGGGAAAAUAUUUUUAUACUUUUUAUAUCUAGGUAUAAUCAUGUUUAUUGCCGACUGCAAGUGAUUCUCUAGCACAUGUUGAAAUUUGCAGGAAUUUCAGAUUUUAGUGCCUCCCAAACAUUGUUCUUAUCCUUGAUACUCACUCACUUCCACUGCAGGACCGUGUGGAUUUGUGUUUGUCCAAGAUCAUUUUCACAUCUGCUCUUGCAUUGACUUUGGUAAUGUGAACCUUUGUAACAUGAAGGUUAAGUAAUCAGUUAACACACUGUCUGUUUACUAAAAAGAGCAGUCUGUGUGUGACUGCUGGGACCAUUCUUAAUCUUUGAAUAUAUGUUACAUUAUUGUUCACAUAUCAUCCAUUUUCCAUCAUGUAAAGAAUGCCAUGCAGUUCAGAGGUAACAUCAAAGUGCAAGCGCUUAAUCCAUCUUGAAGACUGAUACACUAGUGAUUUUUAUUUCCCCACAGACAUUGUAAUGAUCCUAUCAGAUUCUUCAAUCAAGAAAUCAUGAUGUAUAUACGUCACUGGGUGUGUUCUUGGCAUCACUAUAUCUCUCUUCUUUUCUUUUUAAUUAUAUGAGAUAUACAUUACUAUCCAGUAUCGAUUUUUAGUCAUUUGAAUAAGAUCACCCAGUUUUCUGUUAUGUUGUGUAUAAUUUAUUUAUUUAUUUAUAAAUUGCAACUGUCUCUCUAGUGUUUGUAGCCUAGAACUGUAACAGUUUUUAUACCUUUUCAUAAAGAUACAUCAUGAAUAUUUAGUUGUUUUUCUGUUGACAUACAAACAAACGUAGGGGUCAGUUGGUCCCCAGGUUGAGUUCGGUGAAGGAAAACUUAGGCAUCACAGCCGAUUAACACUAUUUUUUUUAUUUAAGAGCCUAUUA